AUGGCGAUGCUGAAGAUCUCCAGACGUUACAAUGAGACGUUAAAGGCCAUCAGCCGAAUAGCUAGCAGGCCUUUAGUAUCUGCUGUGGCAGGAAUCAGAUAUUAUAAUGAUUUAUAUGGGGUACGUGCUGUAAUAAAUGUUUAUGAGCCAAAGGUGAAGAAAAAUAGCAAUGAUCUAAGUCAAACAGGGAUUGAAAUUAAUAACGGGCCAAAGGGCCUAGUAGACAGUAUAGUUGCUUGCUAUUCGGUAUCUCCAAGCUCAUAUGGCGAUAGCUUUGCAAGGUUUCAUGUUGUUUGGAGCAACGGCAUGCUAAACACGUCAUGUGUUGAUCACGAUUGUCCUGGUUUCGUGCAAACAAGCCACAAUGUUGGUCUUGGAGGAAGGGUUCAACCUGUUUCCGUCUACAAUGGACCGCAAUAUGUAAUAACCAUUUUUAUUUUCAAGGAUCCAAAGACAAAAAAUUGGUGGUUGGCGUAUGGUGAAAAUAAUACACCAAUUGGAUAUUGGCCAAACUCACUGUUCUCUACCUUUGGUGAUAAAGGUAAAUUUUCAUUCUGGGGUGGCCAAGCUUAUGGCUCAACAGCUUCAUCAGACUCACCACAAAUUGGUAGUGGCCAUUUUGCCUCCGAAGGAUAUGGGAAAGCAUCUUUUAUGAGAAACAUCCAAAUUGUUGAUCAGAACAACAAUCUUGUUACUCCAAAUGAAAACAAAGGCUUUUCUGUCACCACUGAUAAGAGGAAGUAUACUGUUGAUGGUUAUAAAAUCAAUAAAUCUGGUAUGCAUAUGUACUAUGGUGGACCGGGUAAUUUAGUAUGA